CAGCAAAGUGCCUGUCUGUGGCUCUGGACACGUAUCUACUCCAUCAUAUUAAUGGGAUAAUAAUGUGAUUGAUUGGCAAUUUCCCUGGAGAAAUGCUCUUUGCUGCUUCCUGAGAGUGCAAAACUCCUCAGACAACUUGCGACUGACUUGGGGAGGAAUUUUGCUCAAGAGCUCCUGUGAGCAGAGUGAGCAGUCCUCCCAUCUGGAGAGUUUCAGUCUCAUUCAGAUGAUUGCAAAAGAGGAGGAGGAAGGGAAGAGGAAGAAGGGGAUUUAGGUGCUUCGGAGCAGCUGCGUUUCGUUGCGAUGCAUGGAGGCUGCGUAGAAAUGCUCCCCGGGUCUCCGGAGCGCAUGAGGCGAUUCCAGCCUACCGACGGUCCGCAGCACCAGGGAUUUCCGGCUGCUGAUGUGCAGCUUUGCGAGGCUGUUAUUCUGUAGAUUCGGCUUCAGGGAGCACGGACCAGAGGCAUCAUUUGCCUACAGCGCCGUGAUCUGGGAGCCUAAAGGCAGCAUUGCAUCUCUGCGUCGCAGUGGUGGUGGAUGUUGUAUCAGCUCGUCGAGUGGCAUCUAUGAAAUUUUAUUUCGACUUUUCAUUGUAUUAUGAGCACAGAGGAGGGAGAUGCGGGUCCAGCUUGCAGGGAGGCGAUGGGAGGUUCCGCCGUCACCCACAGCCACACCUGGGAAGAAAACGAUCCGCUCGGCUCCCAAGGACGUCCGCAACCCGACGAUGGGGACGAGGCUCAGCGAGGAGAGGAGGAGGAAGGUGAGGCACAGAGCUGCAUGGAGGGCCGGAGCUGCGGGGAAGCUCGUGGGGGAAACGCGGACAAAUUCAGCGCGGAGGACAACGGAGGGAAUAUUUCCAGUGAGGAAGGGGCGGUCGGGGGUCGAUCCUGCAAGACGCAGGCGAUGCAUUCAAACUGCAGCAGCGAGAACUGCAUCCCCACUCCCAGCUGCCGGAUCUGCUUCCAAGGUGCAGAACAGGGCGACUUGUUGAACCCGUGCCGGUGUGACGGCUCGGUGCGGUACACCCACCAGCAGUGCCUGCUGAAGUGGAUCAGCGAGCGAGGCUGCUGGACCUGCGAGCUCUGCUGCUACCGAUUCCAGGUCAUCGCCAUCAACAUGAAGAGACCGUGGCAGUGGCAGUCCAUCACCAUCACCCUGGUGGAGAAGGUGCAGAUCAUUGCAGUGUUCCUGGGCUCUCUCUUCCUGGUGGCCAGCAUCUCCUGGCUGCUGUGGUCGGCUCUCAGCCCCCAGGCAAUGUGGCAGCGCCGCGAUGUCCUCUUCCAGAUCUGCUAUGGCAUGUAUGGCUUCAUGGACUUGGUCUGUGUGGGGCUGAUUGUCCAUGAGGGGGCAGCCGUGUACAACGUCUUCAUGCGCUGGCGGGCUGUGAACCUUCACUGGGAUGUUCAAAGUUACAACAAAGCCAAGGACAUGGAGGAGACGAGCACUGGCCACUCCUCACUGGCCCCCAGGACGCUUUGGCUACCCUUGGCCACCUUUGGGCCCAGCGGGCCCCUACACCCCACUCACCUUGGGUCACAGCCAUGGACCUGCCUCUGUUUGACACCCUUCUGCCCCGGGCUGGUGCCCCGAAACAACCUCAGCCAGGAUGCUGAUUCAGGAGAGGUUGUCAUCCGCGUAACUUCGGUGUAAACGCCAAACAGUAUUUAUGCAAGAACAAAACGUGAUGGGUCACACUCGGUGGUAAUCUGAGCUGAGAUGGGAAGUCUGGGCUUUUCACACAGUCUGAGUAGAAUUAUUUUCAGCUUUUCUGGUUGCCAAAUGUUUUCCAUGUGAGUUGCUGUUGUUUUUUUCAGUCUGGGGCUGGUCCUCAAACCAAUCUCAAUACUUUAUAUAUUGCUCUGUUAUCUUUGUUUUAGAACCACGUCUUCUGUCUUUCCAGAUGGAUUGUGCAGGAUUUCUGUGUGGGUUAGAAAGAUGUGAUAACAAAGAUGAGGAAGCACAUUGUCACACGUUUUUCUGUGUGAGAAAAUUGGCUGUGGAAGGUCACAUCAACACUGUCUAUAUCUGUUCAUUUAAUCUGCAGCUCCUCUUUUUCAGGAACAUCUGCAUUAUUUAUUAUCUGGUUGAAUAUCUGGUUGGAAUUUAGUGAGAUUUCAUCACUUAUUUAAAGCAUCAAGGCUGAAAAUCUAUAAUUAGACUGGAAAUUUCUUUUCCUUUCACAUUAAAGGACAAAAUCAAGAGAAACCCUAAAUCCUUGGAUGUUUAAUUUAUUUACUGAUGAGAACCUCUAUCAUUUUAACCAGGCCCUGGAUGAGGUUUUUUAAAAUUGAAAGCACAUGGAUUAGUAUGUUUACACCAGUUUUUCUUUUUAUUAAGAGCUUUUAUAUUUUUGUUUACAUUAAUUUACCUUAAUAUGCCUUAAAAUGACUUUGAUGUAACUCUACAUUUUGCCUCAUUAAGUAUUCUGUGUUCUGUGAAUAUGCAAAUUAACCCAGCCUACAUGAAUAUGUGGCACACAUAUCCCUUUAAUGCCUGACCCAAGAUGUAAUGGACAGAAAAUAGUCUUGAACAAAAUGUAAUAACAAAAGUAAUUUGUACAAAUGUACGUUAUGUUGCCAUAUAAUAUGUCCGAAUUGUUGUAGUGAAACAGCUAUCCCCCAGAAGGCAGAAAACAAGUAUAAAAUAGAACAAAGUUUGAGCAACAUUUUUACCACAUUGUGAUGCAGUAGGUCUAAAAAUGCAUGGAUCAAAUAUCAUGCAUAGAAUUUAUAUAUUAAAA